AUGGAGUGUCGAUUCUUUGUACGGAACUUUGUUCUUUUUGGCCUCAUAGCCAGCAGUCAACUUCGGAUAGUAGUCAAAGAAGUAGAGAACAACUUGGACAACGAAAUUAAUUCCUUUUUUCAAAUGAUCAAUACAUUGGAGGGUGUCAUGGGAUUUUAUUGUGUGAUCACAUAUACAGGCAAAGUCGAUUUGAGUUCUUCGCUCCAGCAGCGUAUUAUGGAAGCAUUUCCCUUGCCAAUUUAUACCGUUGGAUCGGAUCUGGGACCGGUUAAUCACCAUUACCUGAGUGCGCAGAAUAUGGUUGUUGCCCUUUUUACUGGCCUGGAUGAUCCCACUCUGGCAGCUCUCGAUGACACAGAACUUCGCUUUGGCAAGGUGUUUGUGAUCCUUAUAUAUGCUCCACCGCCGAACGCAAAAAAUACCUUCAAUAUGGAUUUUAUUCAUGAAUUAUUCAGCUGGUGCUGGGGUCGGUCGUUAGAUCGCGUAGCUCUCAUUGCUCGGGGCAAGUACGAGACAGAGUUAUGGUCCUUUUAUCAUUUGGAAAAACUACGCCCAUUUCAAACUGAAAACCCUAGAAUGUUUUUGCUUACCCUUCGAAGAGAUGACUACACGUUUAUACUUCAAGCUGUUAAUGAUCCUCCAACUAUUUUUUGGUACAAUUCUUCGGAACAAGCAGAUGUGACUAACGGUGGCAAUAUUAGUUUGUCCGGCCCCAUUGGUCUGAUGAUGGUAAAUUUCAUGCGCUUCCUUAAUGUGACCAUGGAAAUCAUUCCGGUUCCGGGACAACAGACAUCUCAGUACGAGAUCUUUCAUCAAACAGAUGGUCGGAGAGUCGACGUGGUGGCCAAUAUGGUGGACGACAACAAUCUCAAAUUCAGCCCCGUGUUGUCGGACUUAAGACUGUGCGUGUUGGUGUCCAAUCGGAGGACUAUUCCCGUGAGCAAAUACAUAGGCAGAGUGAUAAGCCCCGGCGUUCACCAAAUUGCGAUCCUUACGAGCUGUGUCGUUUUCAUGAUCAAGUACUUGUCACACGGUCGUCGAUCGCUUUUGGACCCGUUCUUCAACACCCUUCGAUUUAACCUGGCUUUUCCGCUGGCCGACUUUCACUUGAAUCGACUGCCUAUAGCGGAUAAGUUCAUAGAAGUAUUUUCAUUUUUUUUCAUCAGUCUUAUCGUCAGUUCGAUUAUAUCAAUGUUGUCCACCGUCUUUACAACGGGCAUUUUCGAGCCUGCGAUCACAAACGCAGAGACAUUGCGAGCCAGUGGUCUGAAGAUAAUGACAGACGAUCCAACAAUACCGCAGGCUUUUAAGGAUGAUAUUUUACCGAGCUCACUGGCCGACCGGGUGAUUCUUGUUGACUUUCCCACCUUGUUCCACCACAUUAUCUCCCUGAACGACAGUUAUGCCUACGUGGUGAAAACGCCCAAUUGGAAUUCAUUUCGACUUUACCAGCAGCGUAUGAAGUCCGAGACCCUAAGGAUUGUUGGGGGAGAACUCUGCUCCAAGAGCCGACCCCUGCGAAUGCCCAUCCAUCCCAGAUCGCCGAUAAGGUUCUUUUUUCAAUAUUAUUUCGAAAAGAUUUUCGAGUCAGGUCUUUCACAGAAGUGGCGGGAGAUGGGUUUUCAAAAGUACCGAGAAAUAAAGAGCUUACAAAAAUUGCCCAUAGACCAUGAUAUGAUUUCAAGACCGCUGACAAUUGAAUUUUUUAAAUCUUUUAUACUGCUUUACAUAGGGGGAAUGGCUCUCAGCACAUUGGUAUUCAUAAUCGAGCUAUUGUUAAACAGAUAUACACAUUAG